ACCCCUAUAGGUGCCCAGUCACUCAUCCCUGGAGCCAUGCCCAGGUGCGCAGGGACGCCCCUUGCCCUGGCAGACACCCUUUGCAUACACAGACCCGCGCGCCGCCGACACACCUCGGAGCUCCCGGAGCGCGCCCAGCACUCAGGGCUCAGCGGCAGGUGCCUCGCCGCGCAGACUCGCCGGGCGCGGGGACCGGCUCCGGCGCGGGGCCGGCUGGGGCGGGGCGGUGGCGCGCGUUCCCCGCCGGCCACACGGGCCGCCCUGCGCCCGGCGAGGGGCGUGUGCACGGGCCGGGGACCUGCGGGCCCCAUGUUCACGGAGCUGAGGACCAAGCUGAGCCCCCCGCGAGGCCGCGCCGGGGCUGUGCGCGCCGGCUUCGGGGAGCGUCGGGAUGUGGACGCCACUGCCCACUUCAGCUUCUGCCGGACCCUCCUGGAGCACACGGUGUCAACCGAGAGCAUCCCCUGCCACCUGCCUAGGACACCAGGCACCAGCCUCACGUGGCAUGACUCACGCAGUCAGAGGGCAGCUGGCGGCCGGCCAGUCAAGCUCCUGCAGCAGCCUGGCACAGAGACCCCCCAGGGCCGGCUCUACUCUGACCACUGUGGCCUAUACCACACGAGUCCGUCACUGGGUGGCCUGACGAGGCCUGUGGUCCUGUGGAGUCAGCAGGACGUCUGCAAGUGGCUUAAGAAGCACUGUCCCCACAACUACCUCGUCUACGUGGAGGCCUUCUCCCAGCACGCCAUCACCGGCCGGGCGCUACUGCGGCUGAACGCAGAGAAGCUGCAGCGCAUGGGGCUGGCGCAGGAGGCGCAGCGGCAGGAGGUGCUGCAGCAGGUGCUGCGCCUGCAGGUGCGCGAGGAGGGGCGGAGCCUGCAAUUGCUCAGCCAAGUGAUGACCGAUCCCUUUGGUGUUGGAGGCAGCCGCCGGCUUCCAGGAUCCAGCAAGAGUGGGCCUGGGAAGGAGGGCAGCCGGAAUGAGGUCCGACUUCCUGUGCGGCACGACCCAACGAAGCUGGGACUGCCCGUGGCCCGGGGUGGGCAGACAGUGCCCAGCCAGGCCCCACUCUGCUUUGACCUGGAAAGUCCAGCCAGCGACAGGACAGAAGGAAAGAAAAAGGGGCGUCCGAAAGCUGAGAACCAGGCCCUCCGUGACAUUCCCCUCUCCCUGAUGAACCAGUGGAAAGACGAGUUCAAGGCGCACUCAAGGGUGAAGUGUCCAAACUCUGGGUGCUGGCUGGAGUUUCCCAGCAUCUACGGGCUCAAGUACCAUUACCAGCGGUGCCGAGGGGGUGCCAUCUCAGAAAGGCUGACCUUCCCAUGCCCCUUCUGUGAGGCUGCCUUCACCUCCAAGACCCAGCUGGAGAAGCACCGAAUUUGGAACCACAUGGACCGACCCCUCCCCGCCCCCAAGCCUGGGCCGGUCAGCCGGCCGGUCACCAUCAGCCGGCCCGUUGGAGUCAGCAAGCCCAUCGGAGUGAGCAAACCUGUCACUAUUGGCAAACCCGUGGGUGUCAGUAAACCCAUUGGCAUCAGCAAGCCAGUGACGGUCAGCAGGCCCGUGCCGGUCACCAAGCCAGUGACGGUCAGCAGGCCCGUGCCGGUCACCAAGCCAGUGACGGUCAGCAGGCCUGUGCCGGUCACAAAGCCCAUAUCGGUCACCAAGUCUGUGCCAGUCACCAAGUCUGUGCCGGUCACCAAAUCUGUGCCAGUCACCAAACCGGUGACUGCAAACAAACCGGUGCCGAUGACAAAACUUGUGACAGUUACAAAAUCCAUGCCAGUCACAAAGCCGGUGACGGUCAGCAGGCCCAUUGUGGUCAGUAAGCUGGUGACGGUUGGCAGGCCCAUAGCCAUCAACAGACACACACCGUCCUGCAAAAUGGUGCUGCUCACCAAGUCUGAGAACAAAACUCCUCGAGCCACGGGGAGGGGCAGUGGUAAGAAAAGGGCUGCGGACGGCCUGGACACCUGCCCCAUCCCACCCAAGCAGGCGAGGCCAGAGAACGGGGAGUAUGGGCCGUCCACCACGGGCCAGAGCUCGGCCUUCCAGCUGAGCACAGACUCCAGCAGUGGCACCCUUUCCCUGGGCAACAGAUCUUUGGGGGGCAAGGAGGCACUGAGGGCCACAGGCCCUGUGUCCCCACCUGAGGAGGGAGCGGAGCGCACAAAGCACAGAAGGAAACAGAAAACACCCAAGAAGUUUACGGGGGAGCAGCCAUCCAUCUCAGGAACCUUCGGACUCAAAGGCCUGGCCAAGGCUGAAGACAAAUCCCGCGGCUACCGCACCAAGAAGCAGGAGGGCCCGAGCCCUGAGGACGUCCGGAAGAAGGUGCAGGCCCCCACCAGCACCAUCAGCAAGGAGGUGCCGGCCCCUGUGGCCCACCCGGCCCCAGGUGGUCCUGAGGAGCAGUGGCAGCGGGCCAUCCAUGAACGGGGCCAGGCUGUCUGCCCCACCUGCAGUGUUGUCACCCGAAAGACCCUCGUGGGGCUCAAGAAGCAUAUGGAAGUUUGCCAGAAGCUGCAGGAUGCGCUCAAGUGCCAGCACUGCCGGAAGCAGUUCAAGUCCAAGGCCGGCCUCAACUACCACACCAUGGCUGAGCACAGCGCCAAGCCCUGUGCCUCCGGGGCCUCCGAGGGCAGCGAGCAGGAGGAGCGGGAGAGGCUGCGCAAGGUGCUCAAGCAGAUGGGGAGGCUGCGCUGUCCCCAGGAGGGCUGUGGGGCUGCCUUCUCCAGCCUCAUGGGUUACCAGUACCACCGGCGACGCUGCGGGAGGCCGCCCUGUGAGGUGGACAGUCCCUCCUUCCCCUGCGUCCACUGCGGCAAGACUUACCGCUCUAAGGCCGGCCACGACUACCAUGUGCGCUCGGAGCACACGGCCCCGCCCCCCGAGGAACCUGAGGAUAAGCCUGCCGAAGCUGAGGACCUGCUGGGUGUGGAGCGGACCCCCAGCGGCCGUGUCCGCCGUACCUCAGCCCAGGUGGCUGUGUUCCACCUGCAGGAGAUUGCGGAGGAUGAACUGGCCCGAGACUGGACCAAGCGGCAGAUGAAGGAUGACCUGGUGCCCGAGACCGCACGGCUCAACUACACUCGGCCAGGCCUCCCCACACUCAACCCCCAGCUGCUGGAGGCAUGGAAGAACGAAGUCAAGGAGAGAGGCCACGUCAACUGCCCCAAUGACUGCUGCGAAGCAAUCUACUCCAGUGUGUCCGGCCUCAAAGCCCAUCUUGCCAGCUGCAGCAAGGGGGACCAUCUGGUGGGGAAGUACUGCUGCCUGCUGUGUGCAAAGGAGUUUAGCUCUGAGAGCGGCGUCAAGUACCACAUCCUCAAGGCCCACGCAGAGAACUGGUUCCGUACUUCAGCAGACCCGCCUCCCAAACACAGGACCCAGGACUCAUUGGCACCCAAGAAGGAGGAGAAGAGGCUGGCAGGUGGGAAGAAGCGAGGCCGCAAGCCCAAGGAGCGGCCCCCCGAGGAGCCUGCCCCCAAGAUGCCCCCCUGCCAGGACGAUUGGCCCUCAGGAGGCAGAGACAAGGGGGCCCGGGGCUCUGCUGGCCGGAAGGUGGGAGCCGGCAAGGUGCCCGAGAAGUGAGCAUGGUGGCUGGCAGGUGGGUGGGGCCCAGUCCCCACGCUGGCCACCAGGUCCGCCUCUGUCCAGAGUGUGGGUAGCUAGCUCCAGGAGUCCUGCCCUCCAGUUCUCCACCCCCCACCCCUGCCUAUUCGUCUCUCCCCUCUCUGAAGGUGGCCCUUCUCUUGUGCAGGCUGCUGCAGGGCAUGCCUGGGCUGGGGCUCUCUGGGGAGGGCCAGUGGCAGCAACAGAAGUGCAAUAGCCUAGAGGGACAUCCGUGGACCUGGCAGAGUCUGGUCCUGGACGGCAGGAGGCGUCUGCGCCUGGGCCUCGGUGCCACGGGGCGGUGCAGAGCGGCCGGGGGUCUUUUGGCCCUCAUCAUGCAAGCUGCGUGCCUCGUCUGCUUCCUCGGGCCCAAGGCUCGGGGGUCCCUGGUUCUGCGCUGAUGAGGGUCCCUGAGCAGUCUCGCCUCUCUACCCAACACUGGAACCCCAGCACCCCCAGCUACCUCCCAGGACAGACCCUGAGUCUGACCUCUGCCGUGCUGACCUGACAGUCCUCCCCCAUCUCCCUGCCUCUGGUUUUCCUGCUUCUGCUCUCUACCUCUCCAGCACCCCCACCUGUGCGACCCCUGCUGUGCUUGGGCCCCUGCCCCCGGCCUGUGUCCAUGGUGGGGGGAGGCGGCCCUGCUGACGGGGGCUCUCCACCAUCCCGUUGGGCUCCCUGCUUGGGGUGAGAGAGGGGCUCUGCUUCUCCCACUUGCAGGGCUGCAGGAAUAGGGGUUCCAGGCUCAUGGGAACAGCUGCCAGCCCUGGGGGGGGGGGUCAAGUGGCACAUGUUCUGCCGACAUCACUGGCCUGGGUCGGGUCAACCUGACGGGUUAGGGAUGGGCAGUCUGGGCUCUAGGGUCGACCUGGGCCCCACUGGCAUGUGAGGCACAGAGCUGGGCCCGGCUCUGAGUGACCACUGCAGGCAGCAGCCUUGUGUCUGCUGUCCUGGGUUGGCCUGUGGCUAAGCUCCCAUGGGCGCCCCCUGCUCACUUUUUCACUGUCUCUUCCUUUCUGGCUGUGUGGUCUUUUGAUACGAGAGCUGAAGGCCAGGGAGGGCCUUGGUCAAGGUCACAGUGGUUCGAUGGGAACGCUGGGCUCUGCCUUGGCUCCCUUUGGGGCCCUGUGGACGGCUAGAUCUGCAGGUUGGGCGGGGGGUCGGGCGGAGUCCAGGGCACCUGGAGGGAGUGGCCUCCUCCCUGGGCCCUGCCUUCACACUGUGCAGGAGGAGGAGGUCCCGCAGAGCUGCUGGGUUUGGAUGGAGGCUGUUUUCCACUGGGGGGUGGGGGUGGGCUGAGGGCUCGGCCUUGCCGAUCCUGGAUGAUGUGAAUUUUGAUAUUUGCCCGUGUGCGUGUGUCUCCUGGGUGUGUAGUGAAUGCCAGUCUUGUUGCUGUGACAAGUAACAACCUUUUUUUUAUUCUGUUUUUUAUACAAAAAAACUUACAACAAUCUGACAUUUUGGUGCUAAGGGUUUCCUGGUGCCGAUGGUGGAUGGCCUGGUCCCUGGGGUCCCUCUCCUGCUCAGGGAGGCAAUGCUGACUGGGCACCCUGCUGCCCCCCAAGCUGCCGUCCUCAUCCAGCCCCUGGAGAGGAGGGGCUCCAAGCUGGGCUCAGCUCUCCUGGCCCUGCAGGAGGGCGACAGGUCCCUGGAGCUUUGGGGCCAGGGCGUAGCUCUGCCUGUGUCCUGCUUCUUCCUUUGGCCAGAAGGCUCUGACCCUGGGCAGACCUGUCCUGAUGUGCUAGGGAAGGAGAAUGGCGAUGGGGCCUCCUCUCCACUCACACAUACCUUGAUCUGAUCAUGGGGGAGGUAUGGGCACAUGGGUGUGAUCCAGUGUCAAAGGUCAAGGCGAGGUGGCACAGGCAGAGCUUUGGGGCAGGAGGGCUUUCUUUCCUGUGCUCUGGGUGUCACUAUGGUGUACAGCUGGUGGAGAUGGGCCAGGCAGCCACUGCAGGGGCAGCCUGACGAGGGGAGGUGGGGACAGGCACUGACAGGAGCCCCAGGUACACUUUCUCUGUCCUUGUCACCAAUGGCUGGAGGAGGUUGGACCAUAACACCUCUGCUGGGGGACAGCUGCCCGCCCCAGCCUCUCAGGUACUUGGCCCUUGGGGAGUGGGGGCUGGUUUUUGCUGGGGGGUGAGUUUCCAGGUCACCUCCCAAAGUCCACAGAUGGUCCCUGGUGUGGGAACCCCACCUAGGUGUGUGGGGAGAGGUGGGGUCCUGGAUAACUUGAUGUUUAGCACUUUAACCCCCUUCUUUGUCUUUAAAGUGGGCGUGGGGGCUGCUGCCAAAAGUGGCUAUUGGGUCGGACCCUUCUCUCUACCCCCCCCCCCCCCCCCCCGCCCCAUUCUUCCCUCCCUGCUUCCUGUGCUGUGGUUGGUGAGUGGCGGUGGCAAACUGUUUUGCAGAGCCCUCUGAAGUGGGCAGAGCCCUGGGUGGCUCAGCAGGGUCUGCCCACCUCCCACUCCAGUGUGAACACAGCCAGGUAACCGCCUGGCCUUGACUGACACCUUCAGUGAGAGGGACCAGAGUGGCAGACUCCCAGGGUGUGGUGGGCAUGGACUCUGCCCUACACCUAAGCCUCGGGCACAGUGCUGGUCCCAUCCUGAAGAUCUACCUCUGGUCCAGCCCAUCCCCCCUGCCCUGAGGACAGGAAAGGGCCCACUCAGGGGGCUGUCACUUCACACAAAAAUAGGAUUGCACUUUAUUUGCUUGUGCAAAGGCAGAUGAGGGUGCCUCCUGGUGUGACCAGUGGCCCUCCAAGCCGUAGCCCCUCCUGUACCUGUGGUUCAGAAGGGAAACAACGGGUGCGCCCUGACUCAAGGAGGGCAGGGCUGUCCCCACUAUGCAGGCCCCAGGUGGCUUGCCCUGGAGCCCUGGGGUUCAAGGGGUUCGGCCAGCACCUCGGGCCUGGUAGCCACACGUCCUGUGCUUUGGGUUUCUUGGUUUCGUUAUUUUAAUGCCAGUUUUCCGUACAUAAGUGCAUUUUGAAAGAGAGGUUCCAGCUAUCACUUGUAACCAUAUAUAUACAUAUAUAUUCUAUCUACAAAGUGUUUAUUUGCAAGAUGUUUUGACGGUGAGCUCGGGCCCUGCCCGCCUUGUGACCAUCUGUCCCCGGUCCUCGUACCUGCCUCCAGGCCCCGAGUGGCGCGGGGGCGGGCCAUCAACUGUAUGUAUUAAAAAUGACUGUAUCAAAUAAAUGUUUAUUGAUUUUUUUCCA